AGUCAUUGGCAGCGUGAAGUGUGCGGUCAGUGUCCCAAUUGGAAUCUGGAUCAGGAUGAGGGUCACAUCAGUAGCGAUGCCGGCCAUAAACUAAUGACAACUGAUGAAUGUCAACGGCUGAAACGGGAGCUACAGGCUUCCCUCUUUAAAGUGAAUCGUGAUGUAAAUCCCAUGACCAUUCUCUUACUGAUGUUUUUCGUUAUAUUCUGUCUAGCUCUCACUGUAUGGCUGCUGGCAAGGGCUUUUGUGCUUGGGAAACGUCCUGAGUUUCCGAAUGAACAAGUAAAGGUUUGCGAUGAUCGCCAGCCUGGCGGCCAUGCAUCAGUGGAGAGUAUUAUGCGACAGCUGCGCGAUAAGUGCGCAACUUCAGGAAACACACCGAGUGGUGUGGCCAGCAAGGCAGAAGAGCUGUUUGUACCACCACAUUUUUGGAAAAGAUUCCCAGUGAAAGGGUUCCGCGGGAAAACGAAGAAAAUGGAAGCAAUUAAAACCUCAGGCCGGAAUAUGAUAUUCGAAACUGAAGACUCAGACGAAACAAGUAAUAUGGAAUCAAGUGAGAGUUUAAUACCAGAUGAAUUAACCUCCGAGGAAACAGAAGCUUCAACAAGCGACCAAUCAGAACAAAGCUCAAUGGAUGAAGAUCAGACAUCGAUAACCAUUAAUAUACAGCAGGCUGCGCGCGACUGCACAGAUAUCCUCGGAAAAAUGCCAACAUGUUAUGGACCCUUAGCGACAACAAAUAGCCAUCCAUCAAAUAGCCCAAAACGCGGCAAAAUGCGCUGGGCGAAUUGGCUCAGACGGAGCAAACAGACCGAUUCUGAGGUAUAGCUGGGCAGGCAGCCAAGUAGGCAUCGAAACAGUUAGUUGAAAAUCAUACACCAGAUAAACUCACAAUGAUUUCCAUUUGCAAACAAAACACUACCAGUGCCGAGUGCAAACAAUGGAUGAGUGACAUCUUCGCACACUGCAAUCGCCUACUUGCCAAUAAGCAUCUGGAAUUGUGGAACGAAUGGUGGUUGAAUAAGCAACCAGUGCCUCACUAUCAUAUACCGCACUUAAUGUCUGCCUAUGACUGCAAAAAUCUGAUGAAAGAAAUGGAAAAUGAUGAUAACCCCUCAAUACCUGUAAUUCAACGUUUCGAUAUAGAAGAUAUGGACUUGGGCUGGCGCAUAGUGUUGGUCGUGUUGGUGGUUUGUUUGGCUCUGUGUAUAAUUGGCCCGAUGGUCUGGCUGCUGAAUAGGACUUUGCGGCGCAUUGCGUUGCCAAAUUUCAAGGAUUGCGAGCGUCAAGGAUAUGGGAGUGGCUCGCCUCGAUCGUUCAUCUCGUUUGGCAAACCAUUCCAGCCCCAGACACGUUUUGGCCCCUACCGAAAAAAAAAGAUUGUAGUGCCGCAUGGCGCCUACCGGGCGUCCAAGCAAUAAUUCUUUUCCAAACUCUUACAACCCAUACCCUUAACCAUUGGCAGAAAACAUAUGACAGAAGCGUCAACCGAACGUGAGACCAAAAUAGUGUAAAAAGGAUAUAAAGAGAAAACCGAAUGUGAAACAAAUCCAAAAAGCACCGUCGAAAAUAACGACAAUUAAAAAAAAAAACUGUCGCGGUUGUGCUCAAUCGAGGAAAAGAUUUAUGAAAUGUGUUCCGCAAGAAUUUUUCUUUUGUUUUAUCUUACACCAUGUUUUAUGUUUUUAUUUUUACGGGUCACACGAGAAACUGCAACAAAACCCUAGCGCUUAUAAAUAAGGCCCACUGGCAAGUACAGUGGUAUCAAGUGAAAGUAUUGUUAAACUUAUUUUAUUUUACAUUA